AUGGAUUUGGCGACACUGCUUGAGGGACCUGCCUUGGCCCCCCCAGAGAAUGUAAUGCCCGACUUUGCCAACCCUGGGGGCGCUCACGACCUUGGCUAUGGUGUGAUUAUUGCCUGUGCAGUCGUGGCCACACUUUCUGUGGUGAUGCGACUGGCCACUAGAAUCGCGAUGAGGAAGUUGGGCAUGGCAGAUGCAAUGUAUUUCUGCGCAUUAGUUGGUCUCACCUGUGGCGCUGGCAAGGCAAUUUUACGCACUAACAUGGUCUGUCAGAAAUUGCACAUCGGUACCGUCUUCUAUUCUCUAGUGUGCAUGGGCCUCAAAGUCGGCAUCCUUCUGGAUUGGUUGGCCACUUUCGUGCCCCUUGGCCAGAAGAACUUUAUGUUUUGGACCUGCUGGAUCAUGAUCGGUGUCACCACCAUCUUCUACUUAGUCCUUCUCCCCGUUGAGAUUUUCCAAUGCACUCCCCGUGAGAAGAUUUGGAACAAGCUAUAUGAAGGGGGAUAUUGCAUCCAGAACCCUUCUGCCCGGAAUUUUGCAGGUGGUUUCAUUGCUGCCAUUUCAGAUCUCAUCAUCUUUGUUCUGCCGCAAAACGUUAUUUGGCGACUCAAUAUGUCGACGCAGAGGAAGAUUGGAGUCUCGGUUCUGUUCACCUUUGGUCUUUUGUGA